GGUCACGUGAUCUCAACGAUAUUUUUCCCUAAUGAAGGAGGAAAAUUUGUUGAAAGCUUAUUAGUCUUAAUGAAUGAGUAGAGAGGGCGGCUGUAAGUUGAGGCCAGAAGCCGCUACUAGGUCUGACGUUUUGUAUUUGGGUCAGGGAAAUCUUAUUUUUAUCACUGAAAAGUCACGGAGUUUUGAGAAGUGAUGUCUGUGGCAACCAUGAUUUCAGUCUCUCCUCGUUACAUUUGUGUUGUUCAGGUUUUGGAGCACAUGUCAGGGACAAUUUUCAAGUCAAACGAAAUUGGAGAAGAGUUCUUCAGAAUUGGCCUGACGCAUCUGAUGUCAUUCAAAGAAAACAGAUUUGUAGUGGAAUUCUCGAGUCUCAGGGCGUUCGUGAAGUUUGUGCUACACAUACAGCUUGAGCUUCAAUCAUACCCAGACAGUGUGACAUUUACGGUCUCGCCCAUGAUAGGACGUCUCAGCCAAACAGAAAUCGAAGAAGCCUUGAACGCUGUCGCGGCUGGCCCACGGUAUUUGAGCAGAUUGGUGGAGGCCGCUGACCAGCUAUUAAGCAAGACCAAAUCCAUUUAAACAUGUCGUCAUGGAACUGUCGUUUCUUGUUUAGAACGAAUGUUGUAAAUACAUUUAUCUGUUAACUUUUUUUACACUCAUCCACUACUAAUUUAUUACUUAUGCUAUAUUUCCCAAGAAGUUAUAAUUAUACUUCUCUAGGUUUAUUUUGGGUCGGUCUUUGAUGAAGUAAGUUGAAUAUGAACAUUGUUUUAAGCACGUACCCAGUGUUGUGGUUACUUUAACACUGCAACAUGCUUAUAUCUCACUGAACUAAUGUGGAGAGAUGUACGGAAGAUUUUCAUUUCUGCAUUUGAAACAAUAUUUGGGUGAACUCGUACAAGCACUGUAAGAGAAGAUUACAAGCUUAAAUAACUUGACAGUGUUUAAGGCCAAUU